AUGACAGGAAAAUAUAAUUUCAUAGCUAAUGCUGUGGGUUUGGUUAAUUCUCGAAAUCAAAAUAUGAAUAUUUAUAUUUAUAUUGUAGCUUUCUAUCCAAAAGAUUCAGUAAAAGAUAGUGAUUUAGAGAAAUUUAAAAAAGGAGAUAUUAUUAAAGUUCAGGGUAGAUUUUCGAUAAUUAAAACAGAAGUCAACGAAAGUAAAGUUAAACUUAUUAAGGUUGUAGCAUCCGAUAUAUGCAUACUUAACCUUGACGAAGAAGAUCUUUCAAGAUCUUCCUUAUCUGUUAUAUUGAUAGAUACUGCAUCUGGUAAUCCUAAAAUUAGAACCGAUAAAGUUACUCUAGAUUUGAAUGCAAGAGAAUAUAUUGAUAAUCAAAAUAAUGGUUCUCUUUUGUUUAACUUAUAUCAUUUUCCCGAAGAUAGCCAUUUGUUACCAAUUACAACAAAAAUUUCACGUGGUACACUUUUAUACGUUAGUGGUUAUUUAUUAAUCAUUGAAGACCUUUUCCUUAUUAGAAUGACACAAAUUAAUUUUAUUGAAUCACCUUAUUCAACAAUUCAUAAACCUUCAAAUUAUGCUUGGGAGAAAAGACAAGAUGAUUCCUCUACUUAA